CGCUGUGCCUCUCCCUACACAUUGUGAUUUCCGAUUAUCAAUCAACGGACCCAUUCCCGCGUCCCCACCUUGUCACACAGGAGGGCGGUGAUAUGCCUGUAAAGCGAAAGGCCGAGCGCGAAAGCACCGGUAGCUGCGACAAGAAGGUCAAAGAGUCAACGGGGGGCUAUACGACGGAGAAUGAGCGGGCCAUACUGAUGGCUCUGACGAAGCUGGCCCUUGAGAACUGUAGGCGCAUCGCAGAAUCCCCUGGGACAGGUGAGAAGAGCACUUCAGCAAUGAACAUGAAAGUGCGAAGUAUGAUGAAGCCUCCCAAGCGACCAGACAUCUUUGACGAAGACGACGGAGAGCAGAGCAGCAACGAGGAUCAGAAGACGGACGUCAAAAAGUGUAGUAGAAGCAAGACUCCCUCUCCGAAGAAGAAGGUCAAGGCUGAGAGUGGGGGUGCAUCUCCUGGCCGAGCAGCUGCGAAUGCUUGGUCUAAAGAGGAAGAAGGAGCUGCUUUCCGCGCUGCCGCGGAGCUCGCCCUUGCAAACUUACCGCUCAUUAUUAAAGCUCCAGGCCUCGAGGCACGUAAUCUCUCUCAAUUGAGUCACAAGUUCCGUUCCAUGCUCAAGAGCCUCGACAAAGCUAAUGCCUGGGGAGAUGGAAAGUGGGUUGAUGAUUUCAAGAUCGCCAAGAAGCAGGGGUAGGAGAUGAAGAUGACCG